AUGCUCGCACCAAAAGGACGUAUGCACUACUGCCUCAUAGUUUUCGGCUUGCUAGGCGCUGUAGUGAACUUUCCAGAAGGAUAUUCGAACUCAUAUCCAAACACCUCAUACAAAUCAUUCCAACAGUUGAUCAAUGACUCCUAUAUCAACAGAGGUGUGGAGGGUGGAAUAUCCGAAAAUCUGUAUAUUUGGAUAUGGUCGGCUGUUCUUAACGUAUGGUUUCUCGGAUAUCUAUUAGGAACUUUCGUCACACCCUAUUUUACGGAACAAUAUGGAAGGAAAAGGACCCUUCUCGGUUCAAGUGUCAUUGCUCUCAUUGGUUCGGUGCUUUCGUUUCUAAGCGUAACACUUUCCGUGCCAGAGCUAUUUUUUGUAUCCAGAGUUGUGUCCUCGAUGAGUUCUGGCAUCUCGUUCGGGACUUUGAUACUUUUCCUGCAGGAAGCAACUCCCACUGAAUAUCGUGGAAUGACGUCAUUUCUCUCUGAGAACACAUUCAUUGCCACGACUGUCAUGGGCAUAGGAUUUGGAAUGGAUGCUGUAUUCGGGAAAAAUUUGCCUGUACUAACAGGCAUUUCAAUUAUUCCCGCUGUAAUCUCGAUCCUACUUGCGAUACCGCUUAAGGAAACACCAAAGUUUCUCCUACUAAAUCGCAACGAUCGAAUAGGCGCAAUGAAAUCACUCAAAUACUACAGAGGAGAUUUGGUCGACGCUGAUGUGGUUCUGGAUGAAAUGAUGCUAGAGAUAGAUGAUGAUAAGUAUUCGGACACAUCGAUACUUCGCUCCGUAGUUACUGUACUUCGCGAGCCCCAUUUGAGAACCCCUUUUUUCAUUGGAUGUCUUUCUCUACAGGUGAUUGUCGCCAUUUGGUCGAUAAUCUAUUUGUCCACUGACAUUUUGGAAGUGCAUUUUUCCGAAGAGGUGGCACAAUUAGCCUCAUUCAUUUUUAUUUUUGCCAAUUUUAUCGCAGGAAUGGCUGGCAUGUUUAUUAUCGAGAGAUUUGGUCGUCGUACGCUUGUGCUCUGGCUCGGCCUCUUCAAUACGAUCUCGUUGGCGCUUUUUGUGGCAUUCGAUCAACUAGCUACCGUAUACGAACCUCUAAAAUGGGGUAGUAUUCUAGCGUUAAUACUUUUCGGUAUCACAUAUGGCAUUGGACUCGGUCCAAUUGCAUUUUUCAUCACAUCCGAGCUAGUUGCACAACAACAUCGAUCGGUUGUACAGUCUAUGGUAUUUGCGGUGAACACCGUGUCCAAUUUUGCUUUUUCAUUCGCCACACUACCAGCGUACACAGUUAUUCAGUCCUGGUCCUUCAUUCCACUAUUUAUCAUACCGUCCUCGCUGUCACUAGUCUAUCUAUACCUUAACAUGCCGGAAACAAUCGGCCGAGAAGUACACGAGAUUGUAGAGGAGCUUACUGCUAGAACUAAUACAAAGAAGAUAUCCACAACGAAAGACAAGUCGCCAAUAUAUUUCUGCGAUAUUGACGUCAGAAAAACGCUGGACAAUAGUGCAUAA